CCGCAGGCUAUGGUUGUUCGGAGAUUCUUCGAAUUCACGAUCUUAAAGUCAUAUGAUUCACAGCAAAUAUAGCAACAAAUAUCUCAAUUCGCAUUUUCCAAAGCCACGAAACGUGCAUUGAGUUUGGAGCGAUAUCUGAAGUGAAGAUUGAAGACGUGAUAGAAGAUGGACGACUACUGCUAUGCUAAGAUGGCGACGUCCGCUAAAAGAGAACAUGAAAGAGAAUCAACUUCCAGCAAAUCACCAACGGAGAUAAAGACGAAAGAUGAAGCAGACGUCCAGCAGCUGAUUGGUAAUCCAGAAGAAGUUUCCCCUCAGUUAGGGGGGAGCUCCACUUUGAAGCAGGAGACUCCACAACCACCCUGCAUUAAAAAGGAAGAGGAGGAACUCUGCAUCACUCAGGAGGGAGAGUGUCUUCUAGGACGAGAGGAAGCUGAUUACACCAAGUUUCCACUGAGUAUUCUCUCUCUACCAGAUAGUGAGACUGAAGACGAGGUUGAAGAACCUUUGAGCAGCAAUAAAGACUGUGAAGGUGAUAUGAGGACUCACACUGACAACAAACACUCUGAAUGCUCUUCAAAGAAGAGAGGUAAAAAAUGUUUGAGCUGUUCAAUUUGUGCUGAAAGUUUUACUAAAAAGAGCCAUUUGACUCAACACAUGAGAACACACACAGGAGAAAAAGUAUUUAAGUGUACAGUUUGUGGCAAAAGCUUUUCUCAAAAUAGCCGUUUGACGCGACACAUUAGAACACACACAGGAGAAAAACCAUUUAAUUGUUCAGUUUGUAGCGAAAGCUUUUCUCAAAACAGCCAUUUGAAUCGACACAUGAGAACACACACAGGAGAAAAACCAUUUAAUUGUUCAGUUUGUGGAGAGAGCUUUUCUCAAAAUAGUCAUUUGACUCAACACAUGAGAACACACACAGGUGAAAAACCAUUUUGUUGUUCCUUUUGCGGCAAAAGCUUUUCUCAACAUAGCUCUUUGACUCAACACAUUAGAACACACACAGGCGAAAAUACAUUUAAUUGUUCAGUUUGUGGCAAAAGCUUUUCUAUUAAGAGGUAUUUGACUGAACACAUGAGAACACACACUGGUGAAAAACCAUUUAUCUGUUCAGUUUGUGGCAAAAGCUUUACUGUUAAGAGCACUUUGACUGAACACAUGAGAACACACACAGGCGAAAAACCAUUUAGUUGUUCAGUUUGUGGCAAAUUUUUUUAUAAAAAUACCUCUUUGACUGAACACAUAAGAACACACACAGGUGAAAAACCAUUUAAUUGUUCAGUUUGUGGCAAAGGAUUUUCUGUUAAGAGGAAUUUGACUCAACACAUGAGAACACACACAGGUGAAAAACCAUUUAAUUGUUCAGUUUGUGGCAAUAGCUUUCCUCAAUUCAGCUCUUUGUGUCGACACAUGAGAACACACACUGGAGAAAAAACAUUUAGUAAAAGGUUCCCACAUAAUGCAGACGCAGUAAAACACAUAAGAACACACAAGGGAAAAUAACCAAUUAGCUGUUUAGUUUGUGGUAUGUUGCUCAUAUGUGGCGACAUCCACCCUACCUAGGACCUCCUCACUGCUUCUUUCACAAAUGUCUGAGGUAUUCAUACAAACUUGGAUUAUUUGAAGCAUAAUCUUAUUAAACACAUUUUGUUAUAAGUUAUAAAAAUGUGUUCAGUUCUCAGAGACACAUCAAUGUCAGUGUAGCUGCUGACAGAAGCAACAUGUAUAUUUGAUAUAUAAUGUCAUAGUUGGUGAGAAUAAAUAAAUACAAUGCAUAAAGAUAAAUUCAUAUUGUACACAUAAUGUGAUUAAAAGGAUAUUUCCUUGGGUUAAUUCAUGAAAGUUUAUUUUAACUUUAUUUUUGUUACAAACCCAUGUCAAUUGAGUGGGGAAUAUAAUUUGUUCACGUUGUUGUGGGGACAAUUAAUAUGUGAGGGAAUUAAGGAAGCAGCAUGAGACGACAAGUGUUUGAUGUGGAAGACGUUAAUGGAGUCUCGGAUUGAAAAUAAACUUUAUUCCCUUGGAGUUUAUGAGGCCAACGAGGUAUGAUUACUUCUGAUAUGUUUGUGAAAUCUGUGUUUUCUUUUUUUGGAUGUCAGACUAAUUGUAAGUUCUGUUUACUUAUUUUAUUACUUCUAAUGGCAUUAUAUUUGGCAUAGUUG